AUGAUCGCCAACCCCGCCAGUUUUGCGUUUAACAUUCCCGAACAACACACAGGUACUUCGAGCGCAUCGUAUUCCUUUACCGACGACGGAUUCUGGGAACAGUGUAUCUACAGACUCGUCUCCCAUGGCACAUCAUCCUGCACCAAGGGCGUCACGAUCUACCAACACGGAACAUAUCAGCACCAGCCAGACGGAUCGAUCAUCCUCUCUCCGUUCUGGCAAGACGGCCGUAUUCAAAUUUUAGAUCCCUGCACGUCGUCCAACGGGAACCAGAUCUCGGUCGUCAACCAGACCGAACACAUUCGCUCGUGGAGAAUCUUCGAUGGUCCUGUAUUAAGGCUGGUCGGGGAGUACUACACUCCGACGGAGAACAUGACCAGGGUCGACGAGCAGCCGGAGUUGUUGACGGGCGUGGUGAGCAACAUUUCAUGA